GUCGGAGGGGGGCUGUCGGUGUGAAAGCACUGAGCUCCCUGGCGACGAGUCACAGUCUGCCUGCACUUACCAUUAAAUAUUAGUCAAAGAGUUGACGGGAAGAAGGCGAAAGCAGCUGGAUAACAGCCGCUUAUAAAAAACCCACGCGCCCAGCUUAUAACGUUACGUCGGACUGGCAGUUGAAAUCUAAUCGCACGAGCUCAGGAUCUGCUCGCGGACUGGAAGUGAAGCUCCUCGGCUUUACGGCGCACCGGAGUCCGUACCGGAGACGAAAAUGGGAGAUAAAUAGUUGGUAACGUUGCUUUUUCAGUCCGAGAAUCCGCCUUUUGUGUUUGUUUGAAGUGUUUUAAUGUCGAGUGAACAGCAGGCUGUCGUGUCCUCGCUUUAAAACAAAACGCCACUGUUUCUCAGUCAGUGACAUUUCAUUAUACUGAGUCCAGUUUCCAGUGUUAUUCUGAAGCAAGUUGUCACUUGCUUUUUAACGCCACGGCUUGUAUCCGCCUGUGUUGAAUUACCUACCGAAGAAACACCGAAAAGUCGCUUUGAAUCGCCUUAUUUUGACGACAGUUUGAGGGUGUCUUGUUAAAGUUUGUCCACAGUUACACUUGGUUUAACUCUGGAGUUGGUUAAUUUCACCGGUUUUGUUAAAGUAAGCCUGCUGACACCUCAAACUGAAGCUGUUUGUGCUUCAGAAACCUUAUCCUGAAAGAGUUACUCCACCUGGUUUGUUCUGACUCCAUCUGUCUGUGCCAUUUUGAACAGAUUUGAGUGAAGAGGAAAUAAGACCGUGAUUGACAUAAUAUUCACAGGGUGUUUCUUCAUUUCCAAAGACAAAGCUGUGACCUGUUUGAUGAAGAUGAUUCAGUUGUUUCUGCUUUUUUCCCCCCUUAAAAGACAUUUAUCUCCUUCUAGAAUUAAGUAUUAAGUUGUCCAUGUAAUGUUUCUUAAAUAAAUCUUAACUAAGGUCUACUUUGCUAUCAUAUUUCUUAAGUUUCAAGUAUAAUUGAACUUAGAUUGUAUUAGACUUUUUUUCUCUGUGGUAUAUCUUUUAAAAGUAGAAAUCCAUAUGCAGGUUAUAGUUCUUUAUUUUGCUUUUACUCUUGAGUUAUCCUUACCUGUUUCUCUUAAAUCCUCCCUUUUCAGUUGUUUUGGACUCUUUCUAUCUAAGCUUUUAUCAUCAGUUUUUUUCUUUGUUUCCACCUGUGAUUUUGCUUGGCUCGCAUCUUUCUGUGUCAUUUUGGACAGUGGAGUGAAAAUAAACCGUGGUGAGAAAGAAAUAACCCAUUUGCAGAAUCUAAUUGUAUGUUUUCUGUGACUCUUGAGUUAUUCUUUGAAGACAGCGCUCCAUUUGGUCCUGUAGCACACUUUUCAUGAGUCUGUAAAAGAUUUCACAAACUCCCUUGUCUUUAAAAUUUGAGAUCUGAUUUUUUGGCCGGGUAUGCGUCCAUUUAAGAGAAGUAGACGUGUACUUAUGUGCAAUAGUUUGAGCCAAUUUGGAAGAUGUCCAAGUAUAAUAAAUUUAGGACAGUGAUAAGAUUAAUUUUUCACUUUGCUCUUUUUAUUUCCAGUUGUCGUCAGUUUGGAUCCAGCUGAAGUCAUGGAUGAAACUUGGAAAAACUGCUUCGAAGAGGAGCUCCUGUGUCCCAUCUGCCUCAAUGUUUUUGACGAACCCAUCCAGCUGCCGUGCAAGCACAACUUCUGCAAGGGUUGUAUCUCCGAGGCAUGGGCUAAAGACACUGCAGGGGUCCGCUGUCCCGAGUGCAACCAUGAGUACGACCAGAAACCAGCGCCGGAGAAGAACUUCAAGCUGGCUAACAUCGUGAAGCGGUUUAACGCGUUAAACACUGAGAAAGUCCCCGCCGUGCUGCACUGUGUCCUCUGCAGACGAGGCCCCCCGCUGCCCGUGAGGAAGGUCUGUCUGCGCUGUAAGGAGCCCUGCUGCCAAAUUCACAUCCAGACUCACCUGCAGCAGCCGUGCGCCGCUCCAGGACACCUGUUAGUGGACGCGGAGGAGCUGAGCGCUUGGACCUGUCCCAGUCAUGAGGAGUACAGGCUGCUCCACUGUGAGGAGGAGCAGGUGGCUCUGUGUCCGUUCUGCUGCAUCUCUCACUGCACUAACCAAAGACACACAGUCUGCGAUGUGGACACCCAGCGCAUACAAAUGCAGGUACAUAAAUCACACCCACUCACAGUCUCCUACUCACACAUUUACUUCCAACUAUUAGCUGGCAGGACAAUGACUGUCAAAACAUUUAAAGGUUUCAUUUUCUUCCUGGGUUUUUUGAGCAAACUCUUCUUUCAGUUCACCGGUCUAUAAACGCCCCCUCUCUCUUUCUUCCCCUUUAUCUGAUAUGAAAGGACAGGACAGGUGAAAGCCCGCCCUCAGGGUAGAUAAUAGUGCACACACAUGCAUGCACACACACGCAGGCAGGCAUACGUCACACACUGCUUUUAACCUUGAUCAGGCUGGCCGUUCCUCACAGCCACGCCUUCACAUUAGCCGCCCUGUGCCCCCGGGUAAGUGCUGUGAUGCAAUCUGCAACCACCGGAAAUGAUGACCCCUGUGUGGAGGGGGAGGAUCCACAUGUAGUUUGUUUAUCUCAGCUCGAGUGAUCACUUUCAGGAGUUGUUCAUCAGGAAAUGCACGCUGGGGAUCCUUUCUCGGCUCACACACGUUGUGAUUGAGACACAAAUUUGGUGGCGGAUUGUUAACAAGAAAUUCUGAGGCAGAAAAUUCUGAGAAGAAGGAAGGAGAAUACAGCAUUUAUCCAUCCUUGUGACCCCGAUGGCUUUUGGGAGUUGCCGAUGAGGAAAUGAACUUUGGCAGUCCUUUUUCAAGCUGAUAGAUUAGUUGGCGUGCUGCUUUAAGAAAGAAAUGUGGACGUUUGAGGAGCUAACAACUUUAUUUUGCUGCAUUCAAACUAUUUCCAGUAAGAGAAAAGUGAUUCCUGUAAAAAUUGCCAUGUAGAAGAUGAAUAUAAACCCCAAAAACCUUAAGUAACAGUUUAUUUAUUUGAGUUGGUCUGGUCAGUUUCAGGAGUUGUCUCAGAUAGAAAACGCAGACCAGCGGUUAUUAUCAGGCUGGGGAGAAAGUGUGGUGUUUCUUGGAGGAGUUCAGAUUCUGGCAAGUUUAUUUUGUUGCAGUUUCACCAUUUCCUGGAGAUUAUUUCAGUGAACGCUUCACAAAGACAUGGCCAAAAACAAGAUCAGAAAAUAAAAGUUAGAGAAUGCAGGUCUAGUUUUUUUUUUUCUUCACUUACAUGAUAUAUUCCAUGAGUUAAAGUGAAGAAAUCAACACUAGCUAUGCUUUUAAGGCUGAUGAAUGUGUUGACAUAAUGUUCUCUUUAAUGAAAUGUGGUGGUUUAUGAGGCUGGAAAGCUUGUAAUGUUUCAUUUCAACCAUUUCCAGAAAUAGGAGGGUUGUUCUAGUGAAAUUUUCUAGCAGACAAAGUUUGAAAAGAAGGGAGGAAUAAGGAUUUAUGAGUUGAUUUGUGAAUAAGUGAUCACUGACGAUCCAUUUCCGACUUGCAGAUCUUUCUUUUUAGUACUACUUUUUUAUGUUUUUAGCAGGAUGCAGAGUAAUGAGGUGAUCUUUUGAUUUGUUGCUUCCUAACAUUCUCAAUCAUACAGUUAGCUAGCUUCCAAAAGGUGAUCAGACAUAUUAGUUUAACAUCACAGCCUUGGUGUCAUUAUAUAUGCCCCUGUGUCUUAUAGAAUAACGUAAAUAUGCACACAGUUUAGUUUCGGUCUUUUGUCCAACAUAGGGUUAGUUAUUUAAUCCUGUUUGUAGUCAUUUUACUCCUUUAGAUAUAGCAAAGUGCUCGGUGAGGAGUUUCUCCGCCUGGAACAAAACUUAAACAGAAAGCACAAGUUUUUUUUACUAAACAGGCUCCAGAAUCAGUCAUGAGUACAAAACAGGUAUAAAGAAAAAUCAUCAAAAGAUUAAAAAAGUUCCCUCACUUUCAAACUCACUUCUCCUCACCAAAUUUGAACAAAUAAAGACAAAUAAAUCUGACCUAAACACAGGCAAUAGGAUCCAAUAUCAAGAAUAAACUAAUUUAUUUAUUUAACCUUUAUUUAACCAGUAAAAUCACAUUGAGACGAGUCUCUUUUGCAAGUGCGUACUGGCCAAGGGAAGAGGCAAAUAAAAUGUUACUCAGCUCUGCCAGUAACAAUACAAUACAAUGACAAUACUACAUGGAGAGGCUGAGAGUACAAUACCAAUUGCUUAGGCUCAGAAAGGAUGGAGAGACUAGCAAGGAAUAGAAUCAAAUAAAAGUACCAGGGAGCACAAUAUAAAAUUGGAAUAAAAUAAGUUAACAAUAACAACGCUAAUGCUGUGACUUGUAAUCUAAUUUUAUUGGGUACUAAGCAUCCAUAGACAAGUGAGAGUAUGUCAAAACCAGUGAAAAACGCCUCAUUUUGGAAAGUGUUCACGAUCAAGUAAGAUUUACUGUGUUUGAACCAUUUCUAAAGUAGGACAGUGACAUUUUAGACCCAUAAAAGUAAAAAGAAAGUGAGAGAAAAGAUUCAAUUGUGUGUGAGUGUAACCAGUGGACUUCUGGAGAGGAAACACUGGCCACUGGUUUAUUUGAUUAACCCAGUAAACAGAAGCUCCAUGUCAAAUCUGCUGUCCCCCUCCAGAUUUGACAAAAUAAAUAAACACAUAAAUCAAGAUCUAACUUUAAGACGGCAGCAUCACUCACAGAACAACCAUUUUUCAGAGCCUGGUCAUUUGUAAUGACAUUAUGAGGGAUACAAAUAUUAACAGAGGAGUAUCAUAAUUAACAUCAUAGAUCAGGGUAAUAUUAGAGCUGAAAUAAAUGAGGCUCACUUCUCCAGCUGAAGGAGGAUCAAUAUGAAAUUAUUUUAAGCUCUGCAGAAGGAGGAAUUAAUGUCAGAAAGGGUCUGAACUUCAACGCUUCAAACACAAAUAAACUCUAAUUACAUCCAUUUUGUUCAACAAGACAGGAAAAGAAAAAAAGCACUUAUGACCCCGUUAUGUGUGUUUUACUGUGAGUAAUGGUCUGUCCUGCCAGGGUUGGACUAAAGUGUCAUGGCUGCAUUGACUUCUCUCUUUUCCUUCAGUUUUGUGCCUCAUUACAGUCCGCUCAUUCUUCACAAGUCUAAUAAAAGUGGCAAGGUGUUAAAAACAGCCGCCCCCUCUGCUUUAUAAAUAUGUCUUUCCUAUCUGUGAAGGGGAAGAAGUGAGAAGAAGGAUUCAGAUUAGGUUUAGCAUCUGCCAUGUUUUGCUCCUGACGUGUUUUUUAUUCGAAUCAAUUUAGUUGAAGUUUCUCCAGCGUGUGGAUCCCAAACUUCUAAGUCUACAAACUGUGACUGUGGUCCAUAGCUAUUAUUGGGACAAAAGAUGUCUGUUCAGCCUUUUCCACAGCUGCCCUCUGCUAGCACAUGCACACACCCACCCAUCUCCCAUUUUUUCACAGCUGUAUGUUCACAGGGUAAGUGGAGUUACUCAGGAGUCAGAGGUCCUGGCUUCUCUCAGAUUAACACCAUCAACGCCUGAGCCUUUUAUACUGAAAAUACAGCGUGCUCUGAUGUUUAUAGAUGUGGCAAAACUCCUUAUUCAAGGCUGUAGUGGCUUCUCAGCUUUACUUACUGAGAGGUCGUUCUCCUUGACAGAGCAGCGGUCUAUUUUGGUAAAGGAUUUUUAAAUUCCCCUGGCAGCACUCUUGUUGCUUUUGGGAUAAACAAAGAAGGAAAAACCAAUGCAGUGCUGUUCAUAUCUCUUAGUUAUCUUUGGCCCUCAAAGGAGACUUUUGCAGUAACCUUUUGCAGACGGGUUGGUAAUUUCAGGACGAGAAAGGGAGGGUAAUAUAAUUGUAAUGUCGUCUCUGGGACGGGCGGAGAGGAGGAGGAGGAGGAGGAGGAGGAGCCCUCCCACACUGCUUCACCUUGGUUUUCUCAGUCACCUCAGCAGGAAACCAUGGCUGUGGAGGCUUUUUCAUUUGCAGUUUCUUCUAUCUAAGCUUGGGUGAGUCAGUUCCCCCAGAAUGCUGAGGGCAGUCCAUUGACAUCAGUCGUGGGGAAUAGUUGUCAGUUGAUUGUGAAAGAGGCUCUCUGUUCAUUGAGCCCGAGGCUCCUCAUUUAAACAUGAGCUUCCUGGCAACCCGCGGGUGUCUGGAUGCCUAAAUAGGACAGUGGGGAAAGUGAUCAUUGGCGGAGUUUAAUCUUGAUAAAGGUAGGCUUUCACGCUGCUGCAGAGAGAUCAGCAAUCAGACUGUUCCCUCCUGUCCCACUUGGCUAUUUCAAGCACAAAACAGGACAAAAGGGAGCGAGAGGAAACAGAAAAAUAAGAGAGACAUGCAGGAAGAGAAAAGCAGACCGAUGGCACAAUAGCAUCAAACUAGCAAUGUUCUGUCCUGUUUUUUUUAUCAACGGCCACACAGAUGGUUUGAGGAACCACUGAGUUGUUAUGGACCGAGAUAAUGCCGUUUUAAUAAAGGAGUUGGGUGAAGGACAAAAGGAAACAAAACAUGAGGUAGUGAGUCAAAUGCAAAGAAAACUCCAUCCAUGAUUUUUUAAUUUAGAUAAUAUCGUAUACAUAAUAAAUGUGUACAAUGGGUUUGAGGAACCACUGAGCAUUUAUGGAACGAGAUAACACCAUUAUAAAUAAGAGGGUUGGGUAAAGGAUACGAUACAAUACAGAACAAAACAUGAGUAGUGAGUUAGAUGCAAAGUAAACUCCAUCUGUGAUUUUUUAAUCUAACUCAUGUCUCACACAAGGAUGAUGCUGAUCAAUUAAUUUUCUAGCAUCCCAUCUCAUAAUCCAGUAUGUGCAGUUUUGCUGUUUGUCCUCAUAGUUCAUUGAAUAUAAGAUAAAACCAGAAAGGUAAAGGGAGGAGUGAGCCGUUAGAGGUAUUAUCAGUUUGUUUGAAAUGGACUGUGAAACUGAAACUGCCACUGAGCGAGAUGUGGAGUGGAAAUAUAGUACAGGGGUGGGAUGUGGGAUGUUAAACAAGUACAUGACCCAGAAUUAAAGACUACUUAUUUGAAUUUGACGUGAAAACAGGCUCAUGUAAGAGGAUGAAAGUAGGACUAUGAAUAGGAAAUAAACGACCCAAAAAUAACAUGUAGCUUUAAAACCACACUGUUAAAACUGUGUUUUAUAAGAUCUUUUUAUGAUGUGCUAUUUGUACGCAGGCAACAUUGAAUGAGCCAGACCAAAACAAAGACAUUUUUUUAUCAUUAACAUUAAGUAUAACAAGUUAAUUUAGCUUUAAACUUAAAUAUACACAUUUCUACCCUCAACAUGCAAGUCACAUUGGCUAGUUAGCCAGCCAACAGACCAAGAUGUGCAUUUGUGUGUGUCUUGAAGGCCUUGCAAGCAGAAUAAAUGUAUACGAUGUGUACAUUCCUGCCAAUGCGGGUUUACACCGAGCUCUGAAAGUUCACUGAACAAUUGAUCAAACACCUGAUUGUUUGGCACGCGGUUACAUGGGGACAUAAACAGAGAAGAAUGAGGUUUUCUGUCAGUUGUUCAGUUUCGUUUCAGCCUGAAAAAUACGAGGAAGAUCUGUGAUUUGUGAUGUAGAGAGAGAUAAAUAAAGCUAAAGCAUGCUUAGCUUUAGUUUCGGUUUUUACUCUGCUCUUGUUUCAACUCAGUAGGGCUCCAAAAAAAUGAAAUAACUGCACGAUACUGUGACACGUUUUCUUUCUUCGACAUUUAUUGCUGUUUGAAAAAAAUUGGUAAAUUAAACUGUAUAAAUAUGUAAUAAUAAUAGUAGCUGUUUUAUUUUUAUAGUGCCUUAAAAAGGGUUCACAAAGUGCUUUAAUAUGCAAGCAUAAAUAUACAUAAGAACAACCAAUGACCCAAAAAUACAGAAGAAUAAACAACAUUUAAGAAAGGCUCAACAAUGAAAUAAAACAACUGUGAGAAAGAAUCUAAAAACAACUCAAAGGAACAAAUAACACGGAGGGUAUAUAGCCCCACUCCCACCUUGCUGCACUGUGUACCUGUUUUUACUACUUAUUAUGUGUAAAUAAGAAUAUAUAUCUUUUUAUAUAUACUUUUAUUUAUUUUACCUCCAGAAAGUGCAAUAUUACUCACCAUGCUGCUAUUUUACCCUUAGUUUUUAUUGUUUUUAUUUUUCCUGUAUGUUAAAUUAAACACCAUCAUGCUGUGAUAUGGAAGCCAAGCAACAACAUUUCAUGUUUUAUUCUGUGCAAUGACAAAUAAAGGAAGUCCAAGUCUAUACAAUUAGAUAUCAAUAAUUAUCUCUUUAUAUUUGUGAGCCAAAGUCGAUGUUUGCACCACGAUCCUCUUGAAUCUUUAACAGCUCAGUUGAGAACAGGUGCCUUACCUCUGGCAGUAGAAGUGGGACGAUUUAAAGGUUUACCUGAAGAAGCACGUUUGUGUGAAUUCUGUGAUUUACAGGUUGUUGAGGAUGAAUUUCAUUUUGUUUUCAGUUGUCCCUUGUACGAUGACUUAAGGAAUGUCAUUUUUGAAUCAAUUCUGUUAAAAAAUCCUGAUUUAUUUUGUAAGGGUGAAGGUGAGAUUUUGGGUUGGUUUUUGGAUGUUUUUGUUUUGGCAAAAUGUGUUGAAAAGGCUUGGCAUAUGCGGCAAAGUAUUCUGUAUCCUGUAGGAUGAACUUUUCUGUUUUUCUUUCAUUAUUCUCAUUGUUUGUGUCACGAUUCUUAGUGGAGUUUUGUUGUUAUUGUUGUUGUAUAUUAUGUUGCGUGGCUGUCUUGGAUACAUUGUGUUAUGAAUCUGUUGAUCAGUGUCUAAUAAGCCCAUGUGGGCUGGGCCCCAAUUUUGGUGUAUGACACUUAAUAAAAUUAUCAAAUCAAAUCAAAUUAACAGGCCCAAAAAGCAUCACUGAUAUACUCAAAGUAUGAUCUGUUUUACUGCAUCAAACAGCUUGGCCAAGAACAUCCAGACCCCCCAAAAUAAAGAUGAUUAUACCGUAAAUUCAGAUUCUUGCUGUGUGUUUGUUGUGAAUACUUUUACUGCAGUGUAGAUACAUUAGAGAUUUAUUAUGCAGCCCUUGUGUGUGAGCAGUCGUAUCUCCUGUAGCCAAAGUAACACCAGACAGCAGCCUGCUCUUCUGUUUCUUUUCUCUUCUUCUUUAACAAUCUCGUACCAACACCAAGUUAGCAUCAGCUGAAGCAAAUUUAUCUGAGGUUAGUGACCCUGUGGGCUUCACCCUGAUUGGCUCUGUUUUUCCUGUAUGCUGGGAUAUAAACUGAAACUUUUUUCCAAACUGUUUUUUGAUCCGAUGCACGUGUUUUACACCGACAAGACAGGCAGUUCACUGUGCAGCCUUAAGUCAGUCUCAGCGUCUUAUUAUUAUCUGCCACACCUGACAGCUCGACAAAAGCUUCGAUUACCCAGAAACAUGACUCCACAUGGAUUUCAGAGUUGGUCCUGUUCUGUUGGGUGUGUGUUUUUUCAGUUGUUCUGUUGUAUCUAAGGGCCUAGAUAAACUAUUUAUGAUGCUCUAGCAGUUUCAUAACCUUCACAUGUGCUUGUUGGUGCUCCCAUUAGGAACAGAAUGAUAAUAUUCAUAAAACAUUUGCUUUUAUUGGCUUGUGUUCAUGUCGUUUGCUGUCCUUUUGGCUGGUUUGUUACAUAAACUAAAUGCACUCUUGACAGUGUUCAUUGUGGUGUAGUUCAGUGGCCAGCCAGUUGUUGAACAUAAGACUUCAUGAGUGUUGUAAGCAGCUGAAGAGGCCUGUUGCUGUGAUACCACAAUGUAGCUACCCUGAAACUCACUCACUAGAGACCACAGGAAUGUCCUCUUUCUCCCUAUCUCUCUCUCUCUCUCUUUUUUUUUGCUUCAAACUUUCCCUCUGUUGGUUUCACUCGCUUUUUGUACACUUCCUUUCUGUCCGUUCUUGGCAUGUGCAAGCAGAGCCCCCACAGCACUUUGCCUUUCCUGCCGUUCCCCUUUUUUCUCCCAUGCACACUCAUGCGGAGGGAGAGAGCAGACCCCGGCGUUGUGCACACAGACGUGACAAUCUGUCACUGACACAGAGGCCAAUGCAAACAAUGGGAGCGAUGCAUGUGGCAAAAUGAGAAAGCACAGAGGGGCAGUGAGACACCCCCCACCUCCUCUUUAUGCAGUUUUUACUCCCUCACAUACACAUUAGCUCUCACAUAUAAAUACAUACACAAGGCUUUGUUGCCAUGACAGCGAGUUCUCUUAUUUGGGCACCGUGCCUUUCCCAUGCAGAAACAGUUCAUUAAAAAGCGUACCUGCCCUCCCCUGCUCCUAGUUAGCUGUCAGCCUGUGACUGCAGAUUGAUUUCCGUCUCCUGCAGUAAAUGGAGAAGGAUUGUGUUUACCGGCUCUUUUUGCACUCUGAUUCAGCCCACAGAGGAAGUAGGCAGGUCCCAACGAUGGACUUCACUUGAUGUAGCAUGGUCCCUGAUAAACUCAGGAGCAAUCAGAGAUAGAUUUGUGCAAUUGUGUUUGCCUAAUGGAUAAAUGCAUGUGGUUGUAGCUGGCAGCUGUUGUUUCCCCCCCGUCUCAUCAGGAUUGUGGAGGAGGUUGUCUUAGUGACUAAUGAACAGCACCCGGGUUUGCUGAGGUCACAGCAGAGGCCCUGAAUAUAAAGACAAGACUAUAUGUGUGUUUAUUAUUAUUGUUUCUAUUUUGGGUGUAUCUUGUUGAGGCUCAUCCAUCUAAUCCAUCUCUCAAUAUGUCAUCUCUCCACAGGCCAUGCUAAUGAGGCAGCAGGACAGACUGGAGGGUCGUGUUCAGAACAUCGAUGAGCAGCUCACCAAGCUGGAGUCAGACAAGACGCUGAUGAAGGUACAGUGAGACACACACACACACACUCACCGCGUGUGUACUCACAGAAACACUGUUCAGACCAUUAGUAGCGCCAGUCCCUUAUUUCUUUGUCAUCAUGUGGGGUUUCAGGCUUUAAUUUUUGUGUCCACUUGACUGUAAUAAUAGGACUCUGCACUUUUUGUUCACCGUUUGAAAAUGAAGAGAAAAUGUAAUUAAGCUCGAGGUUUGAAUGGCUAGAAGAGCAUUUGCCUGAAAAACGCAUUUAACAAAUGACUUUCCAACUUCACCUCUGAACAAGAAAAGCACUGAUUCCACAAAAUAACACCAGAAAUAUGCAUAUAAAAUCGAAUAUGCAUAAUUUAAUAUGCAGAACUGGAAAACACAAUUCAUUAUUGUGUGUUGAAGCAUAAUAUAUGUUUUUUUUUAUUUUAAUCCCAGGUUUUUAUUCGUUUUCUGCUGGAAGGUGUUAAUGGUAAUUUAUGUAGAUUAGAUGCUUAUGCUAAGAAUUGCUGAAACAUUUGGUGAAAAAAAAAAAAGAGGCAGAGUUGUUUGUCAAAAUUGGUGCUUGAGCUGUUUUCAAACGGCACUUUUGGAGACACAAAGAUACUCAAACUUUAAAGACUGAACGUACAAACAAACAAAAAAAACCUCCUGAUAUGAAGUAAAUUAAUUUUUGCAAUGAAUUUUUUGCCCUUUUAACUUAUUUGUUGCCCUUCACAUAAGCGUAGGAGACCAUAAUAAAAGCUGCAGUGUUCACAACAUGAUGGCAGAUUAGACCUAUCCAAUGAAGACAGUUGUUGUCUGAGUUUUUACCAGAUUUUACUGAUAGGUUGGUUGGAAAAUUUCUGGAUAAAUUCAGUGUAAAUCUUGUUACAGCCCACCAGGAGUUUUGUGAGUCUACAUCUCCACGUUUUCUAAAAACUCGAUUUGUUGCCCUUCCGCAGGAUGCAGUGUCCGACCUCAAGGAGCGUGUAAGAGCCCAGUAUAAGAGGAUGCAUGCGCUGCUAGAAGCGAACCAGGCGGAGACGGUGCAGAUGCUGGAGAGCACUUUCACUGCGUACGUGAGGAAGAACUCCCAGCAGGUGCUGCAGCUCAACGAGAAGCGCCAGGAUGCAGAAAAACUCCUGAGCUCGGUGCAAACGUUAUUCCAAAGAGCGGACAGUGUCAACUUCAUGAAGGUGUGAAUGUUUUUCUACUUUUGCAUUCACUUCAGUUCAGCUUAACAAACACCUAAUUGACUGAGGACAUUUACGCAGGUACACAGUAUUAAUGACGUCUGCUUGUCUUGUUUUUCAGAACACAAAACCUUACCAGCUGCUAAUGGACAGGUACGUUUCUCUAUUUCUAUUCCUACUCUCUUAACUUCUGAUGAUUAGCUCUAACCUUUGCAAUUUACUUAAAUCGUGGCAAGACUACAACUAGUAUUAGGUUGUUCAUCAAGACUAAGGCCCGGACUACACGUAUAUAGAUAUUUAUUUAUCAGGAUAUUUUUGUACUCCCGUCUAAAUAAAUGUAUCUGUCCACACGUGUUAGUUCUCAAAAAUAUCUGCGUCCACACGUAGCCUUCAAACUCAAUCCUAUCUGGUGCCGCUUAAAAAAAUUCAGGAACAAAGCUACCUGAUUGGCCGAUGAAUCGGAAGUUUAGCUUCCAUUCAUCUGCAGGCACAGCCCCUCUAAAGGUGUUGUCCCACCACUUGCUGGUCCGACUGGGUUUGACCCAAAACUUACGCUUGUUGCGAACUUUAUAACGCCUAACGUUAACGUUACGAUUGCUCUCCAAUAAAAGUAUUGGGCGCAGCAGACGUCUCUGUGAGCUGGCUGACUGGUGGAUGUAAUUGUAUAAAACAAGGUUCGCUUGCAAGGCUGAAAUUAGCCCCAAAAGGGCAAAACUAAUGUAAAGAAUACCCUGUAUGUCCGCCAUCAUUGUUGUUGUUUUUCUUUUUAAUUCUCAUGCGCGAGCUGCGGUUUGACGUCAUUGAUCCGUAAAAGUUCAACCACACAAUAUCCAUUCAUACAGAUAUUUUUUUAUUUCUUCACUUGUUUUUUCAGAUUCAGAUUUAUCCGAUUUGAGUUUUCCAAACUCCAGUUUUGGUGUGGUAGGGAGGCCUAAUUGUACAUAAAUAUGUACGGUUUGAAAUAUAUCCGCAUUCGUGUAGUUGGGGCCUUAGCGCUUUGAGAUUUUCAGACUUAACAUGGUUUGUUUUUCAUCUCCCUGCAAAAGUAUUCUCUGAGGUUUAAAAGCCAAAGACUUGCCAGAUAAAAAAAUUAUCUUUUAUAGCCUCAAACCCCCGGGAAGUACUGAGAAAUAUGCAGAGUACAGCGCUUGCUACAUCUGUGCUCAUUAUUCAUCUGACCUUUGCUUAUGUUAAAAGAGGGCUUUAUACUAAAAUGUUAGAAUAUUCAAGUUUUACGUCAUUUGGCAAGAAAAGACUUCUGAUCAAAUAAAAGAAAAGUGCAGAAAUCAUCAACCAAAGGAGCAAAAGGCUUGUUGAAUUUGAUCUGCGUGAUUCUCAUGGCGUCAGACUCUAAGGGUUGUCAAAAGUAUCGAUACUGUUAUAGUUUUUAAUACCGCAGGUUUUAAGGGGACGGUCUCAGUGCAAUAGAAAUGUCCAAUUAGCAGAGAAAUGGGACUCUACUAUCAAUCAAUCAAUCAAUCUUUUUCUAUAUAGUGGCAAUAAUGAUAACGUUAUCCCAAGAUGACCAACAAAAAAGGUGGUCCAGACAGUACUAUACAGCACAAUAUCAGACCCACUCCCAUCCAGUCUUAAUCUACCAUGAGUGAAACACUGCAGCAUUUAGCCAGAUACAGUGGAGCGGAGAGACGUCCUCUAAACAAGCAGAAACCUGGAGUAGAACCAGACUCAUGUUAGACAGUCAUCUACCGCAGCUGCAUUCGGUUCAGAGAGGGAAUAGAGGGAGAUUCAGGUUCAUGACAAGAUGGAUUGUGGCUUUUUAAUUCUGUGAAUAAAAAAUCUUGACAUGAUGCCACUAAUUGCUAUAAACAGUAGGCUGAUCAUUCAAAGCAAGAAUCUAGUUUCUUUUCUGUUGGUGUGAGUGUUGGUUUUUUCAGUAUCAUAUCAACGUUUGAAUUCUGGUAGUUUGACAAUCCUGUCUUUUUUUGUUUUAGGUCAAACUCGCACCUAACUAGUGCCAUCCCUCCUCUCAGAGUGGGUCAACUUAACUCUCAUCAUUUAAUAUCUGAACUCUCAACAAGGGAAAAGAACCUGCGUAAAGUGUUGGAAGGUAGGAACAAUGUCCGCGAUUAAACACAACUUCUGACGUACAUUUCUCUGGUGGUGACCGUUUUGGGGAUGAUCUGUUUCCUUCCUCAGAACCGUUAAAUGAGGCGUCCAUUCUCGAGGUUGUCCCGUCUCACAGCAGCUCUUCAGGCUCCCACACAGGGGCGAGUUCAGGACUACAGAAGAGGAAGUACAGCAUGGCUUUCCUGGAGAAUAAUUCAUCAAACUCCACCUCCCAGGAUCCUCCGCAGUUGCUCUACAGCAGCAAAAAACCCUUCCUGACGGAGCAGAGCCAUCGAGCAUCAUCCAUGUACUCCUCUGAAGGCCUCCAACAGAAUCCUCACUCUGGCCCCGGACACAGCAGACUCCUUGACUCUUCAGCCCAUCACAUGGUGGGUCUAGGGUCCAGCGCUAGCCACCACUCAGGGACCAUAUUCCCCCCCUCACAUUUUCCAAGUGGAGGUGCCUCUCAACAAGCCAUGUAUGAAGGCAGGAAAGUUCUCAUGUGCACUCUGAAUAACUGCUGCUGCUCCAGGACCCCUGCCGCUGCUCGUGCCCGACCUCCAUACCCAGCUUCAGACUCCUUCCCCUCCAUGACCUCUCAGGAGUUUCCCCAUGCAGCGCUACCCGCCAGCCAGCCCCUGCAGCAUUUCCCCAUGAGGGGGCUGAUGGAGGCCUCGCAAACGGCCAGGCACCCUGACUUCUACGGGCUGUACGGCCAGUCUUCAACCAAGCAUUACGGGACCAAGUAAUCCAGAAUCAGCGUUCGUUCUGCAUCCUUAAAUCAGAAUUUGCAUCAGGAUUGUCAUGGUUGCUUUCUGUUUUAGCUCAGAGAUCUGUUCUCAAUUUUCCAUCACUCAAUAUAAUCAUGUCCAUCCUACAUCCGUCUGACCACAUUUUUGGGAAACCACGCUGCAUUGACCUCCUGAGUCACGGUGACAAUAGGAAAGCUCUAGUUUGUAUUUUCAUUUAUUUUCCGUUUCGAAUCAACUGGAAGUGCUAAUGUGAAUCAUAGUCUUAAAUACAUCAAGCAGAGAACUAAAGAACCAACAUAUCCUUCAUUACGAGUCCUCGUUCUGGGACUCCAGAGACUUUAGUGCCUAAAAAGACUGUUAACACUCUCUUGUUGUACUUGCAAGUUCCUAGCUCUUGAUUAUUUCCUGUUUGCGGCUGAAAGCAUGCAGGGAGCCUCUCCAUGCACUCCAAAAGUCCACGUGGCUUUAGAAACACACUGGACUACAAGCGCUUGUCAGGUUUUUCAUGAGUUUUUAUACAAGAUUAUGAAUAAACCAAAACCAGUGGAAAAAAUGAAUAAAACAUCAAUUUAAUUUAC